AUGAAGACUAUCCUAACCCUUGGUUCGCUUCUUCUAGGCGCAGGAAUAGCCUUUGCCGCGCCCACUCCAAAUGGAGCCGAUGUCGAGCCGGAAAGUGCUCACUCGUUCAAGAUCAAUGCCUAUAGCCCUCCUCCCUCCACCAGCAAGGCAAACGAUGUUCAGCCGGAAAGUGCUCACUCCUUCAAGAUCAAUGCCUAUAGUCCUCCUCCCUCCACCAGCGAGGCAAAUAAUGAAGUGACCCCGGAUUCGAAGAAUUUGUUCAUCAUUCAUUCCUACGGCAAUCCAAAUGAGAAGCGCGAGGCCGAUGUCGAGCCGGAUGCGAAGAAUCUGUUCAUCAUUCAUUCCUACGGAAAUCCAAAUGAGAAGCGCGAGGCCGACGAUGCUGUGGAGCGCAGGAGUCAGGAGGAUACCGCUGGUACACGUGUUUUCAAUAUGUUAGCGGCCUAUCGCACAACUCAAGAAUAG